AAAAAGGAAAAAAACCAAUAAGCGGAAGGUAACCGCUGCAACAAUCGGCUUCUGUUUCGGGGAAAAGAGGUUUUGGAUUCGAAGAGAGAAAGAGUGAAGUAAAGUGCUGUUUCGGAACUGAAGAUUAGAAGCUCUGUUACGGAACAAAAGCACUUUCCGAGUGCUCUAUGGCUUCCGCUCCCGGAUCUCGAUCCGGCGGCAAAAUUCUCCGAACGCGACGGAGCACCACCGCGAGGAACCGCACUCCUUACGACCGUCCCGCCCCGGCCGAGGCUCCAAGUCCUAACUGGCUCUCGCGUUUCGUAUUGUCUCCCUCGCGUUUAAUUGCCUCUGGCGCAGGGAAAAUCUUCUCCUCUGUUUUGGAUCUCGAUAAUGCUUCCCCGUCUUCUUCUUCUUCUUCUUCCUCCGCUGCUUCCUCGUCUCCCUCCUCAUCUUCUAACAAUUCCGACGCUGAGGAAGUUGGUACUUUCGAUGAUGAAAACGAUAAACGGUCUGAAGGUGAUGUGGCAUUGAGCAAGGAUGGAACAUCAGGACUGAUCAAUUUUUCUGUAAAGGAGCUUCAGCCAUUUGUUGGGAACAGCAAGAACAAGCAUAUCAUUGAGCAGCUUAUUCUGAAGGAAUCAUUCUCCAGGGAAGAAUGUGACAGAUUGAUAAAAAUAAUAAGAUCAAGAGUUGUAGAUCCUGCAAAUGAUGAUAAUGGAGAUAAGAGGCCAACAGAUAUACUCAGCAAGACUCCUGGAAGUGAUUCACCUGAUCUCCAUAGUGCUGCCAUUAUGGAGGCAAAAAAAUGGUUGCAGGAAAAGAAGUCAGGAUUAGAUACAACUUCUGUUAUAGGUUAUGGAAGUCCCAGCUUGAAUUUGUUUGCAUUACCACAGGAUCCCAAAGAUGAAGGAUCACCGGUGGAUGUGGCCAAGUCAUAUAUGCGCACACGCCCUCCAUGGGCCUCGCCUUCUAUAGACCACCCUAAUUCUCAAACACCAUCUGGUGUUCAGCUCUUCAAAGAAGAAACACCAUAUCUAUUGGGAAACAAUUCUACACCGUCCUCCAAGUUGAAGAGGGAUUCUGCUGCUACUGGUUCAUGGAGUAUUCAGGAUGAAAUUCGAAGAGUAAGAUCCAGGGCAACAGAGGAUUUACUUAGGACACUUCCCUCCUCUAAAAUUGAUUGGUCCACACUUGGCGUGGAGAAUAAAAAUAAUGUAGACUCUUCAGCUAUUGAAAACAUUGGAGCUAGUUUGUCAGAGAGAGUACAUAAUUCUACAAAUUUAGUGGAUGCAUCUGCUAACAUGGUCAGAGGAUUUGGUUCUCAGGUCUCUCCAGAUUUGGAGAGUAAACAGGAUGGGUCCAAACCUGAAUCUGUGCUGUCUUAUCCGGUUAACAUUGAUUUUGAACAGAAUCAGGUCUCUGUUGAUGUUCAGCAGACAAAAGGUACGCAAGAUGACAGCAGAGAAAUAACUACUUCGGGACUUCAAGAUGGGUCCUCAAGUGAUAUGUACAGGGGUGACGGACUGGUUAAAGUCAAUGGCAUCAAUGACACAAAUAGGCCAGGUCAUCAGCUAGACUCAGUUGAAGAAACUAAAGAAGCUACAAAUUCUAGAUUACAAGAUAGUAACCACUUAGUAAUCAAAGAGAAGGUUGGAGCAGAAGAUGAAUUGGCAAAUGGGUUCCCCUCUUCAGAGCCAAGUUUCAAUGCAGCUCAGGUUACUGGACAGAACACAAAAACAUUGGAGUACAAGGAACUCAAUACAAAUGAUUCAAGUCAGGAAAGGACAGCUCAGGUUGUUCUUGAGCAAGAGGCUUGCAAGACAUUGCGUGAAUCAAUGGACGUGCCUGAUGUAAUUGGGGACGCUGACGGUGUUGCCUCUGGUUCGCAGAACAGUUCCAGCUUGUACGAGGUUCAUCAAGAUACUUCCCAGCUGGUUGUCGAAUCAGGUUUGCCAGCCACACCAACUAGCAUUGCUAAGCAAAAGGGAAGAAGAGUGACAGCCACAUAUAACAGCAGAAGGAGCAGGAGCAAGGGUGUCAAAUGAUGCCCAUUGUUGUAUUUUGUAUCUUAAAUUGUAAGUUACCAUUAGCUUAGAAAGUAGGGAUUAUGCAGGACCGUGAGAUUAAUUAUAUUCAAGAGUAUAUACGUCUA